AUGUCUUACGAAUAUUCUCAAGAGCUUAUGAAUGAUUAUGAAAAAUUACUUGAAAUUGAUAAAGGAUAUGAUGUUAUUAUUUACGCUGGUGAAGAUGAAGUUGAAAUUCAUGCGCACUCACUUAUUUUAUGUAUUAGAUCUCAAUACUUUUAUGCAGCAUUCUCUAAUAAAUGGGCGAAUAAAAAAGAUGGAAAAUUUGUACUUAAUAAACCUAAUAUUUCCCCUCAAAUAUUAAAUAUUAUUUUAAGAUUUAUUUAUUGUGGUAAGAUCGAUUUGACGAAAUUACAAGGACAAGAAAUUCUAAACCUUUUGAUAGCAGUAGAUGAACUUAAUGUUCAAACAUUAAUUCAAUCUAUUCAAGAUUAUUUAAUUAAUUACCAAUAUGACUUUUUACAACAAAAUUCUAUAGAAAUUGUUUUAACUGCUUAUCAAUAUGAGAAUUUCACAGAUUUAUGGAAUUAUUGUCUUUAUAAAAUUUGUGAAAAACCAGAUGUAUUAUUUAAUUCUGAUAAAUUUAUCAAUUUAAAAGUACCUUUAUUAGAAUCACUUUUAGAACGGGAUUAUUUCUUUUCCGAUGAAGUUGUUAUUUGGGAUAACUUGAUUAAAUGGAGUUUUUCUCAACAUCCUUCUAUUCAAAAAGAUAUUAAGAAAUUGAAUAAAGAAGAAAUCAUGAUUAUGGAAAGAACUCUUCACAGAUUUAUUCCUUUGAUUAGAUUUUAUAAUAUAACUUCGGAAGAUUUUUUUUUUAAAGUAUAUCCUUUUAAAGCAUUAGUAUCUGAAGAUAUGAUUGAUAAUUUACUUGCAUUUCAUAUGAAUUCAAAUAAGAAAUUAGAUAUUGAUACACGACCUCUUAGAUAUCCAAAAUAUAAUUCAAUUAUCAUUAAUAGUAUUCAUUUUACUAUUUUAUCUAGUUGGAUUGAAAAGAAAAAUGAACCUCCUUAUAAUGAAUGUAAUAUUCCUUAUAAUUUUAAUUUACUUUAUCGUGCUAGUAGGGAUGGUAAUACAGCUGCAGCAUUUCAUACUAAAUGUGAUAAUAAAGGUGCUACUAUAGUUGUAGUAAAAGUUCAAAAUUCGGAACAAAUAUUGGGAGGUUAUAAUCCACUUCAAUGGGAUUCAAGUAAUAAAUGGAAGCAAACAAAAGAUAGUUUUUUAUUUUCAUUUAAAAAUAGAAAUGAUCUUAAUAGUGGAAAAGUGGGUCAUGUUAACGCAGAUUAUGAUUAUGCUUUAUAUUGUUGUCAAAAUUAUGGACCAGCAUUUGGCAGUGGUCAUGACUUAUUUCAAGAUAAUGAUGGUAACUGGAAAAGUUAUAAUUCAUGUUCUUAUCCUAAAAUUGAUAUGCCAAAAAGUUUUAAAAUUGGUGGAUUAAAUUAUGAUGUUUUUAAUGUAGAAGAUUAUGAGGUUUUUCAAGUUAUUUAA